GGCCGUUUCGUAUCGCACGGUGAAAAUCUCUCCUCCUCUGCAUUCAUCGUUUUGUCCAAAUUCUUUCGCUGGUCCGAAAAGGAUUCAGUCUGGAAGAAAUUUAGCAGAGAAACAAAGAAAUAAAACCCUCAAAAAAUCUUGACUUUUUUUUUUUGGUGGCCAAAUCUUGCAUUGGUAAAUAGAAAGGAAGGAGAAUUCUCUUAUCGAUCUAUCCGCCUUUAAAAGGGUUGAUCCGUAGGUCGAAGAGGAGGAUAGAGAAAUGGCGCACAGGGUGGAUCACGAGUACGAUUAUCUGUUCAAGAUCGUUUUGAUUGGAGAUUCUGGUGUCGGCAAAUCCAACAUUCUCUCGAGAUUUACCAGAAAUGAAUUCUGCUUGGAAUCCAAAUCCACCAUCGGAGUCGAGUUCGCUACCAGAACUCUCCAGGUUGAAGGAAAGACUGUUAAGGCGCAGAUUUGGGACACUGCUGGUCAAGAGCGAUAUCGAGCUAUUACCAGUGCUUACUACAGAGGAGCUGUUGGUGCCCUCCUUGUCUAUGACAUCACUAAGAGGCAAACCUUUGACAAUGUCCAGAGGUGGCUGCGUGAAUUGAGAGACCAUGCAGAUUCUAACAUUGUCAUCAUGAUGGCUGGAAAUAAAUCAGACUUGAGUCAUUUAAGAGCUGUUGCAGAGGAGGAUGGUCAUGCCUUAGCUGAAAGGGAAGGUCUAUCAUUUCUCGAGACAUCCGCUCUGGAAGCCAUCAAUAUUGAGAAGGCAUUUCAAACCAUUUUGACUGAGAUUUACCAUAUCAUAAGCAAGAAAGCAUUGGCCGCCCAGGAAGCCGCUGCCAACACUGCAAUUCCGGGCCAAGGAACCACCAUCAAUGUUGCCGAUGCAUCAGGGAUCACAAAAAAAGGUUGCUGUUCUACUUAAGUUGAUAGGUGAAAUUUAAAGCACCACAGAUUUGGUAGCCGGCAGACCUCUCAACCUUCUCUGUUAAUCUUUUAUUCUAUCUUUUUACUAAUUUUUUUGCUGAAAGGAAGACAUGUAGAGUACCUUUUUCUUUUUUUAUGUCUUUUACUACAUUGAGUUGUUAUAGCCUGUGAAAUUUAAAAUGACAUUGCAUGGUAGUAUAGGGAGGAUCUGCUCCUUAUCUCUUUUGUUAUGUUGCCCUUGGGAAACUGACAACUAGAUGCUAUCUUAUUUGAAAGGGGAAACUUUUAUGGGGUGGAAAGAGUUUAUGUAAGUUUAGUCUUCCCUUCUGGCUUGUGCUUGUUCAGUUUUAAUGUAAUAAAUCAUUUUACCUUUUUUGAUA